UUUGUCCGGGUUUGUGUAGUUUUCUCUCUACACCGCUUCGAGGGGGACCAAACGAAUAAAUUAAACGAAAACGGUUUUAAUUAAUCGGUUUUUACAAUAUGAUUGGAUUUAGCUGAUUUGUGUUGUCGAUUCUGUUGUAAGAGACUGAACCGAGAGAAGGAUCGGUGGGGAAUCGGAGGAGUUGAGUCUGUACAGAAGUCAGUGUUACACAUAUUUAAGAGAGCUCCGGAAGAGCAUCCUGGACAAAACACACACACAAACACUCACUUCCCAGACCCAUGUGGUGAAUAUUAGUCUGGAUAAGCUCAUCUGUAGUGCACUGGACUCCACCACUGCAAAACGUCAGAGAGACUUUGGAAGAGUUUACAAUUUAUUCAAACUUUUUUUCUGGGAUUCAAUUCAUUAUUCUUCCCUGUUGGAUUACUUUCUGGACUUGACUCGGAUCAGUACUUCAUAAUGCUCUUCAAUGGCUGCGAGCAGUGCAGUGGUUAGCAUGCAGAAUGAGAACCGGACCUUUGUCCACUACAGGAUGGAGGCAUCCUGUUUGGACCUGGCUCUGGAGGGGGAGCGUCUCUGUAAGGUGGGGGAUUACAGCGCCGGCGUUUCUUUCUUCGAGGCCGCCAUGCAGGUUGGCACAGAAGACCUGCAGGUUCUGAGUGCCAUCUACAGUCAACUGGGCAAUGCAUACUUUCACUUGCAUGACUACAGCAAAGCUCUGGAUUUCCACCACCAUGAUCUUACGCUAACUAGGACCACCGGGGAUCGGCUCGGUGAAGCCAAAGCCAGCGGUAACCUUGGGAACACAUUAAAGGUUUUGGGACGCUUUGAUGAAGCAGUGGUCUGCUGCCAGAGACAUUUAGAUAUUGCCAGGGAACUGGGCGACAAGGUGGGGCAGGCCAGAGCACUUUAUAAUUUUGGAAAUGUGUACCAUGCAAAAGGGAAGAGCAUUUGCUGGAGCGGAGCAGAACCUGGAGACUUUCCUGAGGAGGUCAUGACAGCACUUAGAAAAGCCGCGGAGUACUACGAGGCGAACUUGUGUAUCGUGAAGGAGCUCGGAGACAGAGCAGCACAGGGCAGAACUUAUGGAAACCUGGGCAACACAUACUACCUUCUAGGAAACUUCAGGGAUGCAGUGGCCUCUCAUGAACAGCGUUUGCUUAUAGCUAAAGAGUUUGGUGACCGCUCUGCAGAAAGGAGAGCCUACUGCAACCUGGGAAAUGCUUGUAUAUUCCUUGGGGAGUUUGAGAGGGCUGCAGAACAUUACAGGGCCUGCUGGAGUUUGGGAAACGCACAUACAGCACUAGGGAAUCAUGACCAGGCCAUGGACUUUGCAGAAAAGCACUUAGAAAUCUCAAAAGAGACUGGUGAUCGUAGCGGGGAACUCACUGCUCGCAUGAACAUCUCAGAUCUCCAGAUGGUCCUCGGCCUCAGUUACAGCACAAACAAUUCAGUACUUUCUGAGAACAAAGAGAUUGACUACAACCUGCAUGGAGCCAGACCUAGGAUGAGCCGACGGCACAGUAUGGAGAACCUAGAGCUGAUGAAACUCACACCUGACAAGAUCAACGCAAAUGGUCAGAAGUGGACCAGUGACAUCCUCUUCAAGCAGUCCAAAUCCUCACUGGCCAAGUCAUCCUCAAAGCUCUCCUUUGUCAAUCGUUUCCGAGGAAAGAAGCACAAACUGCAGAGCAGCUCCAGUAAAAUCCUGCAGGAUACCAGCAACACACGGGAAGCUCCUCAGAACAAACAUGGGAGUACUGACGUGUUAGGAGACGAGGGCUUCUUUGACUUGCUGAGUCGUUUCCAGAGCAACAGGAUGGAUGACCAGCGUUGUGUCGUACAGGAUGGGAGGAGCCACCUGUCUGUCAAUUCUAGCUCCGCCUCCCCACCCACCACCCCACCCAGAACCAUCAGGAAAUCUUUCUCAGAGUCGGCUGCAUCUCCAGGUCAGGAGCCGUUCCUCAGACUGCUGGCCAGCGCUCAGGGCAGGAGGCUGGACGAGCAGAGGGCAGGAACAGGAAACAGUCUGCCCGGCCUGUGCACCCUAUCCGAACACAGCAGCACUAGCAGCAGACAGAUGAUCCUCAGCCAGGUCAUGGCCAGCACAGACGCCACCGAACCCGAUGACCAGUUCUUCGACAUGCUCGUCAAGUGUCAGGGGUCCCGUCUGGAUGAUCAGAGGUGCGCCCCUCCUCCGCCCUCCUCCCGUGGCCCCACCGUCCCGGAUGAAGACUUCUUCAGCCUCAUCAUGCGCUCACAGGCCAAGAGGAUGGAUGAGCAGAGAGUCACACUGCCCUCCUGCCGCUGAACUAACGUACACUUCUCUGAACAUAUUCAGAAAUGAGCUCUUUUUCAUGCACAUGAGUGUUACAAACCUCACGCUGGCAAUACAAACACAAUGAUGGUCGAGUAACAUGCCAUCUGUGUGAACUGUGUCCUGUCUGCUUUUUGUGUACAGCUGUACUUAGCAACUCUGGGGAAAAUGUCUUUGUAAAUAACACAUUUUAAUUUUUUACUGGAUUUAAGCUCUUGUACAUUCGCAUUUGUAAGGAUUUCAAAGGUUGUUUUAGUUUAGGAUGUAUUGUUUUGAUUAUGAUCACGUCAAUGACUCACACAAAUGUAUCUUUUGAUACAAAACUCCAGGUUUAUUUGUAUUUAUUUAAAUAACAUUGUUACUGCCACUAGUUACCUUCCAGUUAGUAUAUGUAGUUGUGACAAAAAUAUCUCUAUUAUUUUUUUGUAGUCACAUUUCAGAUUAUAAAAAAAGUGGUUGAUACAGUAACAUUUACAACACAACUGUGUAGAAAUAAAACCUGUACAGAAAUA